AUGUUGAGAGCUUCUUUUUCACAGGCAGGCAAGCGCCUGGCCGCUGCCGGGAGCCGCACCAGCUUCUCCACCAUUGCCAGAAGCAGACCUGUUGUUGCUCUGUCCCAGACAAGGAGAGACCUUGCUGUCAGCCAGUUCCGCAACUAUGCUGUCGCUGCCGAGGACACCAACAAGGGCGUUGGAAACACUGCCAACUACAUCGACGAGAUGUACAUGGAGUGGAAGCGCGACCCCAAGUCCGUCCACAUCUCAUGGCAGGUCUACUUCCGCAACAUGGAGAAGGGCGACAUGCCCAUGUCCCAGGCCUUCCAACCUCCUCCUACCAUUGUUCCCUCCGCUGAAGGUGGAGCUCCUGGAUUCUCUCCCGAUGCUGCCCACGGUGUCGGCGAAAGCUCCGACUUGACCAACCAUCUCAAGGUGCAGCUCUUGGUGCGCGCAUACCAGGCCAGAGGCCACCACAAGGCCAAGAUCGACCCUCUUGGUAUCCGCAACGAGGCCAGCCAGUUCGGCUACAGCAACCCUCGCGAGCUCAACCUCGAGCACUACAACUUCACCGAGGCCGACAUGGAGCAGGAAUUCAGCCUUGGUCCUGGUAUCUUGCCUCGCUUCGCCACAGAAAGCCAGAACAAGAUGAAGCUCAAGGACAUUAUCGCCGCAUGCGAACGUCUCUACUGCGGUAGCUACGGUAUCGAGUACAUCCACAUUCCCGACCGUGAGCAGUGCGACUGGCUUCGUGCUCGCAUCGAGGUUCCUCAGCCCUACAAGUACUCGGUCGACGAGAAGAGACGUAUUUUGGACCGUCUGAUCUGGAGUUCCAGCUUCGAGAGCUUCCUUGCCACAAAGUACCCCAACGACAAGCGUUUCGGUCUCGAGGGUGGUGAAUCUUUGAUCCCCGGAAUGAAGGCCUUGAUUGACCGCAGUGUCGACUACGGUGUCAAGGAUAUCGUCAUUGGCAUGCCUCACCGUGGUCGUCUCAACGUCCUUUCCAACGUCGUCCGCAAGCCCAACGAGUCCAUCUUCAGCGAAUUUGCCGGAUCUGCUGAGCCCGCCGAUGAGGGUUCUGGUGAUGUCAAGUACCAUCUUGGUAUGAACUUCGAGCGUCCCACUCCUUCUGGUAAGCGUGUGCAGCUGUCUCUGGUCGCCAACCCUUCGCAUUUGGAAGCCGAGGACCCCGUUGUCCUUGGAAAGACCAGAGCCAUUCUCCACUACAACGGCGAUGAGAAGGAUGCCAACUCUGCUAUGGGUGUCUUGCUUCACGGUGAUGCUGCCUUUGCUGGUCAGGGUAUCGUCUACGAAACCAUGGGUUUCUACGCUCUUCCCCAGUACCAGACUGGUGGUACCAUCCACAUUGUCGUCAACAACCAGAUUGGUUUCACCACUGACCCCCGUUUCUCCCGCUCAACCCCCUACUGUUCCGACAUUGCCAAGGCCAUCGAUGCCCCUGUCUUCCACGUCAACGGUGACGAUGUCGAGGCUGUCAACUUUGUUUGCCAGCUUGCUGCUGACUGGCGUGCCGAGUUCAAGAAGGAUGUCGUCAUCGACAUUGUCUGCUACCGCAAGCAGGGUCACAACGAGACUGACCAGCCUUCAUUCACUCAGCCUCUGAUGUACAAGCGCAUCAGCGAGCAGAAGCCUACCCUCGACAAGUACAUUAACCAGCUUAUUGAGGACAAGACCUUCACUCAGGAUGACGUUGAGGAGCACAAGAAGUGGGCCUGGGGCAUGCUCGAGGAGUCUUUUGCUCGCAGCAAGGACUACCAGCCUACCGCUAAGGAAUGGUUGACCAGUGCAUGGAACGGAUUCAAGAGUCCCAAGGAGCUUGCUACCGAGGUCCUGCCUCAUCUCCCUACUGCCGUCGAGGCCGACACUCUCAAGCACAUUGGUGACAAGAUCGGAACUCCUCCGGAUGGUUUCAACGUCCACCGCAACUUGAAGCGUAUUCUCAACAACCGCACCAAGACCGUCAACGAUGGUAAGAACAUCGACAUGAGCACUGCCGAGGCCCUUGCCUUUGGUUCUUUGUGCAUGGAGGGUCAUCACGUCAGAGUUUCGGGUCAGGAUGUUGAACGUGGUACCUUCUCCCAGAGACACGCUGUUGUCCACGACCAAGAGAGCGAGGCUAUCUACACCCCUCUUCAAAACCUCGGCAAGGACCAGGGUAGCUUCGUGGUUUCCAACUCUAGUUUGAGUGAAUUCGGUGUCCUCGGCUUCGAGUACGGUUACUCGCUCUCUUCUCCUUCUGCCCUUGUCAUGUGGGAGGCCCAGUUCGGUGACUUUGCCAACAACGCACAAUGUAUUAUUGAUCAAUUCAUCGCUUCUGGUGAGGUCAAGUGGCUCCAGAGAUCUGGUCUCGUCAUGAGCAUGCCCCACGGUUACGACGGUCAGGGUCCCGAGCACAGUUCCGGCAGAAUGGAAAGAUUCUUGCAACUGUGUAACGAGGUGAGUAAAACAUCAUUCUGGUGCACAUGGUUCUUCGUUAACAAAAUAACAGNNGAUCCCCGUAUCUUCCCUGCCCCUAACAAGCUCGAUCGCCAACACCAGGACUGCAACAUGCAGAUCGCAUACUGCACAACCCCUGCCAACCUUUUCCACAUCCUCCGUAGACAGAUGAACAGACAGUUCAGAAAGCGCGAGCACCAGAUUCAGCCCAAGGAGGAGAUUGAGCGCGUCAUCCUCUGUACCGGUCAGGUCUAUGCUGCUCUGCACAAGUACCGCCAGCAGAAUGGCAUCACCAACACUGCCAUCACCCGUAUCGAGCAGCUCAACCCCUUCCCCUGGGCCCAGCUCAAGGAGAACCUCGACUCCUACCCCAACGCCAAGAACAUUGUUUGGGCUCAGGAGGAGCCUCUGAACGCUGGUUCAUGGACCUUCACACAACCCCGUAUCGAGACUCUGUUGAACGAGACCGAGCACCACAACAGAAGACACGUUCUCUACGCCGGUAGAAACCCCAGCGCCAGUGUCGCCACUGGUCUCAAGAGCAGCCACAUGAAGGAAGAGCAAGACCUACUGGACACCGCUUUCAACGUGAAGCAAGACAAGCUCAAGGGC